AUGGAGCCUCAGAUGGCUGUGUCACUGGCUUCAGCUGUCAUACAACUUGUCGACUUUUCGAGGAAAGUGGCCCAGAAGGACAAGGUGGGCAAAGUAUACAAAUCCACCGGCACUACCCUAAGAGAGGCUACACUGCUCGAUGACGCCAUCGCUAAUCUCGGCGACUUAUCACAACAACUUGAGAAGGCACGACGCAUAUACUACAAGUCACAUAUAUCCCCUGAUCAGGAAGUUGCAGAUGCACAACUUAUGGCAUUGGCGAAAGAUGGCGGGGGAGUGGCGAAGAUCUUACAGGCCACACUGGAUCAAGCGAAGCGAAACCAUGACGUGGACGAGCAGACGGUACUUGCACAAGGACUACGCAGCGUUUUGAGCUUGUACUACAGCCAGAAGACGAUAUGUGAUCUUGCGGAUAGACUUGACUCUAUUCGUAAGCAAGUAGAUGUCGCUCUGCUCGCCGCGCUCCGACAGCAUGCGACUCGACAGCAUUCAGUUCAUUCGGAGAAAAGACGGCUUCCGGUGGACGGCAAUACAGGACCUGAUGUACUUCUACUCCAGUCUAUCGCGCAUCACGAUUGGAAGACUAUGGAGACGGUUGAUGUCUCGGCAUUUUCAGACACAUUUGAGAACUCCGUCGUAAGCAAUGAUAUGGAAGGCCGUUUCGCCAGCUUGAUGUUGGCGCGCUUGCAUUUCAUUGGCAUGCACGAUCGGUACAAGGCGAUUCCUAUUGCGCACCCAGGAACCUCGCGAUGGAUAUUAGAUGCAAGUCCCGAACAGCCCAACACUGAUGACUUUGACUCCUUUCCUCGGUGGCUCGCAGCAACAGGGUCUAGCAAUGCAUAUUGGAUCAGUGGGAAGCCGGGUACUGGGAAGAGCACGCUGACGAAGUUCUUGUCUAGUCACCGUUGCACUACCGCUCACCUGCGCGCUUGGGCAAAAGGAAGAAAACUCGUCAAAGGGAGCUUCUUCUUGUCUAGUCUGGGCAACCACAUGCAAAAGUCGCGUAUGGGGCUGCUACAAGCCUUGCUUCACUCUGCGCUCAAAGGCGACAUGGAAAUCCUGAUCCAGGUCUUUCGUCAUCGCUGGCAACAAUUCCUUGCUUCUGGUGGAGGACGACAACCUUUCACAUGGCUUGAGCUGCGUCAGGCCUUUAUAACAAUGAUCUCCACGCCUAGCACACCAACAUCGUUCUUCUUCGCAAUCGAUGGCCUAGACGAACUCGAAGGCGGCCUGAAAGACAUUCUUCAAUUAAUCAAAGAUAUAGCCAAAUAUCCAAAUGUCAAGGUUUGCGUUGCUAGUCGGUCGUCGCCAGAGCUUCUUCGCGCAUUGGCAGGCCAUCCUAAUCUACGCCCUGAACGUUGGAAUCGCCAGGAUAUCUGCAACUACGUCACGGCCUCCCUGGCAAGGUCGCAAGUAUACGUCAAGCUCAGCAAAACAGAUCCCACUCGCGCUACUGAACUGGUCAAAGGCAUAGCUAAGAAGGCAGCCGGCAUCUUUCUCUGGGCAUACAUCGUGUCGCAAUUGUUGCUAGACGAUAUGUCACCGACGUCCCGUAUAGGCAGUCUCAUUGCUCGGCUCGAGACAAUGCCAUCUGGACUAGAGCAACUGUUUACCAAACUCCUCGGACGUCUGGACAAGAAGCUUCUCAAGCACGCGUCCCAACUCCUUCGUCUGAUGACGAUAAAACCACGGCCCCUUCUUCUCGAGCUAUGGUUUGCAGACGGUAACAACGACGACGCGGCAUUGAGGAAUGAAGCCCGACCGCUGUCAGACAAUGAGAUAUACGAGCGUCUCGAAAUGAUGAACCCGUCUCACGUUACCUGGACACACCGCAUUGCGAAAGACUUUGUCCGAUCUCAACGAAUAUGGAACAUCAUGCUCGACAAUACGGGGCAUGAUGCUUUCGAUCCUGAAUGGCACUGGGCCAACGGUCAACUAGGUCUAUUCAAGACUGUUGCCGGGACCACCAGUACCAAGACCUCUCACUUCAUAUUUUGCGUGGAUUACGCCCUGCGACUAGAACAGCGGCUCAAUAUUUGCCCAGUCAAGUUUCUAGAUGAAGUCGGGCGUACCACAACAAUAUACGCGACUGUAUACGAUGACAUCGUGCCUCGGAAACUCAGAGGCACCGUCAACAGCUUUCUAGAGUUCGCUGUGCUGUUCAAUCUCGUUAGCUACGUUCGUGGCAGAGGCCUAACCCUAUCGAAAGAGGAGUUAUUACAUGCUUCUCGCUUGUUAGGCGCGCUGGACGCAAAGAAGUGGGAAGUGUUCGUAAAGCGUUUUGACCACCCUGGGAUCUGGAGUACGGAGUUUGAAGAGAGAAAAAAGGACAUGCAACAGGUGAUGGACAGCUUGCUUGAUCGCGGAGGCGGUGAGUCAAGAUGGCAAAGAGCGAGGAAGAGACUAUCUGGGCAGAAGAAGAUAUGA